UUGCGCCCUGCGCGCCAAAACUCAAACACAACAGACAACGCGGACGAGCGAGGAGACAGACGACUGCGAGAGCGCACACUGCCGCCAACCAACCACACCACAGCAGCAGGAUGGGAGACACGCUGGAGUGGGCGGACGCCCUGCUUCAGCUGUGCUCUGCACUUGGGUUGCGCGAUGUGGAUGAAACAACACCGGACGUGUACCGCAAAGGCGCAGAAUGCCAUGAGGUGUUGAAGGACAUCAUGCGAAACUUGCGCAUCGACGUGCGCAACAGCGAGCGACCAGUGCUCCGCCAGCUCGGCCAGUUUGAGUUUCUGCAAAAGGACUUGAUGCUGCUGCUGAUCCAGUACGCUUCAGACGAGAACGAGAAGCAGCUGAUGGUCACCCUGCUCAGAGUCAUGACGGCAAUGACGCUACCAGCUUACAUUGUGUUCCAAUACGAAACACAAGGCCAAAGCCUCGCUGGAUUGGAGAAGACGCUGGCGUACACGCAGGUGAACGAGUACCUGACAAAGUACAAGGACGCAUUUGUGCAGAGCUAUGAGAUGACGGCCACCGCCGAGGAGCGGGAGGAGGGCCAACCAGCUCGCUACCACUGCUACGCGCCGCUGCGGGCGCUGUUGCAGCUGUUGUAUGAGCCGCUGACGGCCGAGGACAGGACAGAUCAGGACAACGCAAUGAUUGAGCUCAUCCUCACCCUCAUUCGCAACAUCCUCCACGCCCCAAACCCACCAAGCGCGGGCGGGUCCGAGACGCUGCACGACCGCGCUGUCCGCGCCAUGGAGGAGAGCGGCAUCAUCGAUGUCGUCAUGAGCAUGUGCCACGACAUCACAGAGUACUAUUCGUUCAAGAUGAUUGUGCUCGAGAUCCUGAUGCUGCUGUACCGCGAACAGACGGCCGAGUCGCUCUACUCGUGUGUGUACGAAACAAAGACGCACGCCAGCACAGAGCACACCGAUGAUGACAGCAGUGCAAACACGAUGGCAGCCAACGUUCGGCCUGCAGCAGCACCACGCGGCACCACCCGCACACACGCGCGGCGACCAGCGAAGAAGAAGACGCGAACACGACAGUACGGAUCGCGGCACACGCGAUUUGGCGGGUCCUUUGAGCUGCAGUCUGUCGCCGGCGCAGCAACAAGCACGCGCGUGGUGUCCUCUGCGGUGCUGAGGCGCGCUGAGAAGAUCUCCGAGGAAGGAAAGACGCAUCGUGCGCGCAAACCCAUUGUCGAUGCAGAGGCAGUGAGCAAGCACACGUCCCCGCUGGCAGUGCGCGUGUGUCUGUACAAGCACGCGGUGUCUGUGGUGCGAGACUGCUUCAACAGCGUGAUCCCGCUGGUGGAGGACGAGCUGCGACGCAUGGAGAUGAAGGACCUUGAACUCAUUCACGCUGACCGCAAGCACUAUCUCCAGUUUAUCAGACUGUUCAUGGAGUUCCAUCGCCUGCAGCUGGAGACGGUCCUGCAGAAGAAGAAGCGCGAUGGUGUUCCCAUCUCCGAGGAAGAGGGUUACGCCGUCAGCGUCGUUGGCGCGUGUCUUGGGCAGCAGACAAUUGACCACAUCCAGUCGUUUGUGCAGGAGUACUACCAGGGCCUGCAGCAGUACCCGGUGGACGGGCAGCUGUGGGGGCGCCGGCUCCACUUUGCCAUCCGCGCGUUCCACGAGGUGCUCAUGUACAUCCAACUGCUUGCCUCAUCUCCGAAUCAGGACCAACGCGACUUUGCAAGCAGCAUGACAAGCCGCAUCUUCUACCACCAAGAGUUCCUUGACAUCUUCCCCAAAGUCAUCAUCAGCUUCAAUGCGCGCAAGGAGAGCCGGGAGCUUCUUGAUGACAUCAUCGUGACGGUGCACGCGGUGUUGAAGCUGCUCAGCACGUCGACCGUUCGUCUGUUCGUCAAGCGCAAGAAGAGGGGCGGACGCAGGAAGAAGAAGCAGCAGAAGGGCAGUGAGGCACAGCAGCAACAACAGCAACGCGAAGAAGAGGAGCAACAAGGUGAACAUCCACAACAGGAUGAGGAGGGGGAGCAGCGUCAACAGCAUCAACAGCAGCAAGAUGAAGCAAGUGCCGACCAGAAUGCGGCUAAUGUCCAACCGACAGCAGCUGGCGGCGAUGGAGAGAACACCACAACGGCUGGGACCGACGGUGAUGGCGAUGGCGAUGGUGAUGGUGAUGGUGAUGAGAAUGCCGUCGACAAGGAGAACAGCAAUGCCAACGCAACAGGGACAGCAGCCGGCGAUGACAUUUCCACCGCACACACGGACACCACCGCUGAUGAAGGCCACAACGCGGAGAAGGACAGCGCGCUGGAGUCGCUGUUUGAUGAUGAGGAGGGCGGUGUCAGCGAUGACCACACGCCUGCGAAACGCAACAGCAGCGGUGGAGGGGGCAGUGUUGCGGAGACCGAUUUGGCGCAGCAGCUGUUUGGGGACGAGGAGGAACAGCGGGCGAUUCGAGAGGAGCUUGAAGAUGAGGUGGAGAUGCACCAGGCCGAAUCUCGCAUCCAGGAGGCAGAGUUCCAAUUCUCAAAGUAUCUCGAGCUGUUCAAGGACUACCGCAUCGUGUCUGCGUAUUGCGAGGCCCUGCGCACGUACAACAACAACCCGCCGUCCCUCAACCACUGCAUCGUGAAGAUGUUCGACCGCAUGUCACGUCAGGACAAACUCGACGCGCGCCCGCUCUUCUAUCAGCUGUCGCACCUGCGCCUCUUCCGCGCCAUCCUAGACGACCCUGCAACGAAGGACUCGCCAGACCUCAAGCAGAUCCGCGGCUUCAUCAAGCUCGCUGUCGUUAAACCGCUAGUUGAGGAGUUGCAACAGAACCCGGUGCUGUUUGUUGAAAUCCUCUUCUCCAAAUCCAACAUGGACGUCGACGAAAUCAAAUAUGGACACGUUGAGGCGAUGCGGCGGCGACGUACCCGAUCCCGCGUCUGGGGACCAGACGAUGAUAAGACGCUGCGGCAGCUGUACAGCACGCACAAGGACGACCCGAACAUGAUCCAACACAUGAUUGACGUGUUUGAGGACCGGUCUGAACGCGCCAUCAAGGCUCGCCUCACGAAACUUGGACUCACCGUCAGCAGCAGCAAGGAGUGGUCGGAGCAGGAGGACAGCACCCUUCGCCGCCUGUUUGAGGAGCACCAGCACGACGACGACCCCGUCGAGGGAAUUCUUCAGUCCGAUGAACUGCCCGAGAACAAACUCGUUCGCACCCGUGUCCUCAUUCGUCUCCGCAAACUUGGGCUCUACCAACGCCAGCGCUACAAGCACGCUAAGGAGGCGUGGACGGAAGAGGAAUUGUCCGCCCUGCAGGAAGUGUGGAAGGAAUGCAGUGACCUCCCUCUGCUUGGAAAGCUUGAGGUGCUGACGGGCGAUCCGCGAUUGUCAUCGCGACGGGAGCGCGCAAUUCGGCAGAAGUUGAUUGAACUCGACCUUCUCCAGGACAAGAGGAGGAAACCGAAACAACAGCGCAGCACACAGCAGGCAUCUGCAACUGCACACAACGCGAUGGGCUCGACCCACGACGGUGCUGGUGGCGAUGAGAGUGACGACGACAGUGGAAAUAAUGAUGAUGAUGACGAUGAUGAUUAUGAUGAUGAUGAUGAGGAGUGGCUGGAGAAGCGAAAGCCAAAGGGAAAGCCAUCACGUCGCGAACAACGACACAAGCGCCGCAGCGGCCAGCAACACAACACACAAUAUGAUGACGAGGAUGACAGUGGAGACCAACAUGCGCGCGCCAGCAAGCCUGAUGCUCGUGCUGCCGAUGGUGACGAUGAUGACAGCGAUGGCAAUGAUGGUGGUGGCUCCAAGUCGAGUUACAUUCAGGCGUUCCGGCGGCAGCGGGGCCGGCGACUGGGGUCCCAGGGACUCGCAAAGCGACGGGAGGCGGCGAGGCCAAAGGUGCGGCGCGUUGUUCCACUCGCCGACGAUGACGACGACGAUGCUGCCGUCCCAUCUUCGCGUGUGCAGCCCACAACUGCUGCUGCUGCUGAUGCUGCUGAUGACGAUGACAAUGAUGGCAGCGACGGUGACAACGACAACGCAACGGUGGCUCCCGCACAACCAGCCCGCUCGAUUCGCCGUGUCAUCACUUCUGACGAUGAAGAUGACAGCGACGACGAGCCCGGUCGGGGUGGAAGCGAUGGUGAUGAUGACCAGGAACCGACCAGCACAGCCGUCUCGACAGCCGUGACCCCACGCCGCAAGACCGCACCCCUCAACCUCAUUCUUGAUGACGACGAUGAUGACGAAGAUGAUGGUGGUGCUGGCAGUGAUGCUGAGCUGGAGAGCAACCCCUUCCGUGCAGAGAAGACAAACGAGGACAAGGACGAGAACCCGAACAAGAGGGCCAAGACAGCAGCGGCGGAGGAAGCAGAAGACAACGAAAUCGCAGCAGAGUGAUUCAUGUUGUAUUUGUCUUGACAUUAAUUCGCCGUAUUGCGUGUGGUGCGAGGGCUUGACAAGCUUCCCUCGGCCUGCCUCUGGUUCCCUGUUCUCUCCCACCUUUUGUUUUGUUUCUUUGCAAUGCUUGUCUUGCUGUGCUGUAUUGCGCUGCUACCCAACACAAUGUCUUAAAAGCAUUCAAAAACAAAACUGCA